UUUUUUUAAAAGGAAGAACUAAAAAAAAUGACCAUUCAAUAAUCAUAAGAUAAAAAGGUACUUCUAGGAUGCAGUAUGAUUUUGUGUAGAUGUUAACUUCAGGAUGGGAUGAAGCAUGUCCCAAAGAUAUCUUUUAAUUUCCAAAGUCUCUGAAAGGAGUCUUGCUCAAAUGUAGGUGGCUGUGUUUGUUUAAAUUAAUUCCAUUUCAGGUACCAAAAGGACUUGGAGCAUGUGGUCUUAAUGGCCCUUGUAAUAUUCUUUCAUUCAGAACUUUUCACCAUUUUUCUUAGUAAACCUUGUUUUUAAGUGAGUUCAAAGGGGAUGUGACUAUAUAAGCCACUAAUGCCAGGGGCAGCCACAGCUAUAAUGUAUAGGCUGCCAAUACUUGCUUCUUUAGAAGAAACAAACUACGUGAUUCAGUAGCAUUGUCUGUUUUUCUUUCUUACAUUGUAAUGACACUUAGUUUUGGCACAGUGGUUCUUUAGCUGUUUAGGUUGAUAGAUAAAGUUUCCUGUAUUGCGUAUGUCUAUUAACAUAGAAUACCUGGGGGAAAAAAAAAAAAGAUUCAGCUUUUAUUACCUUUAUAUGUGUAGAAUUUAGUGUGACAAUGAAUACAAUACUACUUUAGAAGCCAACUGGAAUCAUGUCCAGGUACUUGAUACCAGGAUAUGUUUUUAACCUGUAGAAGGAAAAGAAAUUAUUCCCAAAGAUUUUGGGGUUUCUUAAUAAAACUGGAAGCACAUUAUUCAUAGAAAUGAUUGUUAAAUUCUCCAACUGUGAUGAAUUUAUGCCUGAACAUUUCCUGUUCAUGGCAUCAAGACAAGGCCUUUUUGUGGGAGACAGUUCAAAAAGAUUUGGGGCUUUUCUCUUUCAGUGAAAGGCCACAGGGUGCAAUUCUGCACUUCCAUUAACGAGGGCCUACAUGUGUUCCUGGAGAUAUUGAAAAGGUCCACAGAAGCUCUGUUGGCUCUUGGAGCCUUCUCCAUCCUCUACACGUUGAUGAAGGACAUAAUAAAUAGUAAACAAGAUACUGGGCUUCAAGUCUGAGUGGACACUCUGGCUUUGGCCGUAAGAGGAGAUGUGACACUUUAGUUUUCAGAGUCCUUCAUGGAUAACACAUAUGCCACUGCAGCCAGGGAAACAGUGAUGGAAUUUCUAGCCAAGUUGUCUUGAGUCAGCCCAAAAGACGUGAAGAUUUGUUCUGAUGUGCAUGCUUGGGGAACUGCAGGUGCUGGAGGAAAACAAAUUUGCACUGUGAACACAACUGACCUUGCCCAGUGGAUUUUCUUCUCUACUCUGAGUCAUGGAGAGAUAAAUGAACAUAUCCAGGGAUAUAGAAAAACAGAAAUAUAGUUUUGCCACAAAAUCUUUCUCCACUCAGAUUUCUUGAUAGAGUUACUUUUGAAUUCCAAGUCUACUUCAUAAUAAAGUACAUUACUAGUCUUAAACACAAGAUUUUGCUAUGUCUGUAACAGACCCUUGCAUUUGACCACCUCAGGGUUUAAUCAGGCUAAAGGUUAGGCUGUGCCUAAAAAAACCCUUCUGGAAAAAGAGAAAUGGGAGCCUCACCAGUCCAGUGCACCGUUAGGUGAAGGUACUGAAUUUUGGAACAUACCCAUGGAUGUACUCUUUCCUUAAAAGACCCAUGUUCAACAAAGGGUAAGAAAUGUAUAUAUCAGACAUUUAUAAAAAUUCACAGAAUGCUUCUUUUCUAUCAUCUUUUCCAGGCCCAAAACAGUUAUCACAGAUGUUCCCUUCUGUGACAUCAAACAGGUUCUUGACAUUUUUUAAUCGGAACUGAUUGAUAACAGCAGGCAUGCUGGGAAUUAACUGUACCAAAGAUCUAAAUGAGGCCUUAUAGAAAAGCAUGAUAUGGUACAAGGAUAUUGGUAUACAACCUUGUUACAUUACUAAAAUAGUGACAAGUGACAUCUCACCUUAAACAUGGAAACACUUCUUUCAGAUAAACUAUGGAAAUCUAGUUUUAUUUUUAGUUGCAUUUUCCUGUGUGACUGCCUAAUAAAAUAGAUCCUUGAAACAUAAUCCUUCUAAGUAAAUGUACUGUUGCUAAAUGCAUUUUCUAUGGUAGAAGUUUGACGUCACUAAAUAAAGGAGUUGUUUAACCUUCUUCUAAGUCAUGCUUGCUUAGAGUUACUGGCUUUAGUACUCUGGGAAGACCUCCAGAAGAGCCUGGGUAUUGUGCUCUGUCUGCAGAAGGGGUGAUGGAGAGAGAAGAAAGAGUCAUUGGCCCUUGAAAGAAACCGUAUCAUCUUUAGGAUGGAAGCACUGUGCCCCAGCAGUUGCCUUUGCAACCAGCCUGUUCCUAGAAAUGCAGAGUGGAGCUUUCAGGAUACUGUUCUGCAAAGGUUGUACUUAAUGGCACAAUAUUUCUAUCGGUUUGCUGGUAAAACUGAGGCCUUCGGAAACACGAAAGUGAGGCAGAAAUAAAAGCUGAGGCAUCAAGUUUCUUUCAGGAUUAUUAAUACAGUUUGGACUCUCAAUAAUGGACUCAAAAUAUUUAAUCGAGCAGGUGUUCUGGGGUUAUACUGUUCACAAUGGAAUUAUCUCCCUGAGAUAAAUGCAGAUGAUAUGUAGGAAAGAACACACUUUUGUUCAGGGUAAUAAAAAAAAAUUAUAUGCUUGAGUAAUUGAGGACAUUUUCGUCAUAUGGAACAUAAGAAAAGAAUGUGGCCCAUUAUGUCUAAAAUACCGGUGGGAAAGCUGCCAGCAGGCCUCCUUGGGCUUUAGGAGCAAUACAUCUAUUGACUGUUCCAUUUGCGUAACAGGCAUGAAAUUCCAGAUGAGCAUUUGGGGUUUUUGCUUGUGGCGAACAGAAAAUGAGACAGCUCCACCCAUGUGUAAAGCAGGACUGCUGAACAGAAGAGAUUGUGUGGUUGGAAAGGUGAAAUUUCUCGCUCAAAUGUUUUGACAUUUGUAAUUCAGGUGUCUGUUUUCAUGCAUGAACAGGGAUGUCAUGCAAGGUUGGCCUCUAAGUAAGAUGAAUGUGGAGGCUACCUGCCGUUUUAAAGGCUAAAAAUGAAUUUUUAGAUGAAUAAACUUAAUUGAGAUUAAUCCUAAUCCAUGAAAACAACUAUUUUUUCCUCUACUGGAAAAAUUUGAUUCUUUCUGCAUCUAAUUCUUUCUACAAUCAUGAAGUGGAACAAGACCAGGAACAUCUAGAUAUUUGGAGACUGCCUCUAACAUAUGGGAAUUUUUUUUUGCAGAGUGAGGUUUUGGAGGCUUCUGUGGCUUCUAGAUUAGGUCAGGCUCUCUUUGUAGCCAGCAAGAACAGAAAAAUACUUUCAGAAGCUGAUUUAUUUAAUACAGUUGUCUAUGGUAGGAAAAAAGAAAGAUGUCACCUACUUUCAUGACUAUUGAGGGACUCCAGAGACCUAUUUUGUGCUAGCUAUGCAUUAUCUGGACAUCUAUAGACAGGUGAGAGCAAUCUGAAGUAUGAUUCUUCAUGUAGUUUAUUAGUGCUUUUUGUUCUUACUGUGAUAACCUCUGGGACCCUGUUCUGUGCCAAGAAACCAUUUUAGAAGAUGCUGUACAAAUGAGAACAAAUGGAUGCUUUUCCUCCUAGCUAUCUACCAGACAAGAUAAAAGAGGGGUACAGAUAAACAGGGUUUAUAAAUGGAGAUUAUAAGGACAAAAUAAAAUUAUUUUGACCUAUUUGUAAGACAAUAUCCACAGACUAGAACUAGCUAACCUCACUGAAGUAUGUUGUAGGCAUAAAAGUAAGGAAGAUCUAGAGAUAGCUCUGCAAAUGUUUACUAACCACUUUCCCAUAACAAAACCAAAGAUGCUGAAAAUUUAUUAUCUAAUAGGUGAAAGCAAAAACCAGGGGCUGUGGAAGCCAUGGUCAGAUCUGAAGAGUGGGUGAAAGAUGACUUCAGGAGACAGAGAGGGUCUGAAAAUGUCUGAAAAAUAGAAACAAGUAGCUUAUGAUUAAUGAGAUGGAGCUGGGAUAAAAAAAAUCAUGGUUAGGAAUAGUCUUUAUAUUAGCAAUGCCAGUCAUACAGACCCAUUAUAAAUGCCUGAGACUUCAUGUGAUUUACUAGAAAAGUGAGGUUUAGAUAAUCAUGUUUUCUGUGUGCGUGACCACUUUGCUUCCUCAGUGGAUGUGAUUUACUUCACCAUCCUUUAGUCAUCUUCAGUAUAAAGUCUAGAGCUGAGUUAGUUGCUCUAGGCUUUGUUUAGAGAAAAUGAAGUAAAACAGAUGUUUGUAAGCUUUUGUGGAUAUAAUAUAUUUUAGAUAAGUAAUACAGGAUUACAUGAUUCACAUCCUGGAAGUGUCCAUUUUUUCCCAUAUGCUAUCAGGGGAGAAGCGCCUAACUAGUUUCAAUGACAUCAGAGAGUUUAAUUUCCCAAAUUUAGUGAAAAUCACCAUAAAAAUAAGGCUUUUUUGGGUGGGGGAGGGUAUUAGAUCAACUAUUACUAAACAUUCAAGAAUUUACAUUUCUGUCAGAUCUUACUUUAACAGUAUGCUUAAUACUAAAUUUUCCGAUUAGGGAUAACAAAGCAUUUCAGUUCAGUGUAAUACUAAAAUUAAUUCUGAGAACAAAACAGUACAGAAUAAACUAAGGAGAGAUCACUAAAAACCCAGUUGUUUCCUCUCAAGGGUUAGUGCUGGGACCAAUAAUAUAACCCAUCCUCAUUAAUCACCUGGGUGAUGGGACAGAGUACACUGUCAGCGGGUCUGCACAUGAUACAAAACUGAGGAGAGUGGCUCACACACCAGCUGGUUGUGCUGCCAUUCAGAGACCUCAGCAGGAUGCAGAAGCGGACCAUCACGAACCUUACAACCUUACAAAGUCAAGCAAAGGCUUAAGCAAACACCAGGGUUUGCCCCUGAGGAAGAAUAGCCCCAUACGUCAGUUCAUGCAGGAGACCAACUGGCUGGAAAUCAGAUUUACAAAGACCUGGCCAUCUUGCUAUACAAGCUGAAUAUGAGCCAACAAUGUACCUUUGUGGCAAAGGUGGCCAACUGCAUCCUGGGCUGCAGAAGGCAGUGUUGCCAGCAGGUCAAGGCAGGUGGUCCUUCCCAUCUACUCAGCACUGCCUGGGAAGCUGCAUCCAGUUCUGGGCUCCCCAGUGCAAGACAGAAAUGAACAUAUUGGAGCAACUCCAGAGAAGAGAUGCUAUGACAAAGGUACUGAAGCAUCUCUCAUAUGAGGAAAGCCUGAGAGAAAUGGGUCUGUUCAGCCUGGAGAAGAGAAAGCUUAGGGUGGAUCUUAUAGGUAUGUAAAAAUAUCUGAUGGGAGUGUGUAAAGGCAAUGGAACCAUAAUCUUCUCAGUGAUAUCCAGGGAAAGGAUGAGAGGCAGUGGCAACUAACUGAAAUGCAAGAAAUUAUAUUUAAACUUGAGAAAAAAACUAUUUUACAGUGAAGGUGGUCAAACACUAGAAUAGCUUAGCCAGAGAUGUUGUUCAUCUCUGGAGCCUUUCAGAACCCAACUGGACUCAGCCUUGAGCAGCCUGUUCUAUGUGACCCUGCUCUGAGCAGGAAGAUUAUGCUACAUGUUCCCCAGAGGUCCCAUCGCAACCUCAACUCUUCUGUGACCCUGAGAUCAACAUAACUAAGGCCUCCAGCAAGAAGAGAUUUCUUUAAAAGGGCAAAUUUUACUUGAAGGUAAAUAAGAUCCAAAGUCUAGAAAUGGAAGGCAUGGAAAUUCAGACUAGAAGUGCUUCAUUCAAAUAAAUCUAUAGUUCAAAUAAGAGAUUGAACUCUAGAGCCAGAGAGGUAGUUUCUAAGCCUGUGUUUAUGCAAUGCAUGUUUUUGACAGUCAAAAUAAAAACACUUGAUACAGCCACCUUUUAUCAUCCCUGAUAACACAUUUUAGCAGUUAGUUUUGCUUCAGAAUCUUGGGGGUGAGGAUGUCAAGUCCUCUGUGCAGAGGGAAGUGGCAGUCCUCCCACUAGAAAAGCUUUAGUAGAAGUGCUUUAUAUACAAGUUAAAGUCAACAAGCAGGAAGAACUGGGUCUCCAUGCCCAUUCUGAGAGUUAUGAUGUCGUAUCGUAACCAAAGAGCCCAGUAUAGGCUAGGAUCUGUGUGGCUGGGGAGUAGCCUUGCUGAAAGGGACAUGAAGGUCCUUGAGGAUAACAAGAUGAACAUGAGUCAGCAGCAUGUUGGUGCAGCAACGAAGGCAAAUUGGACACAGGGCUGCAACCUCAGAAGCUAGCAGAGAUAAAGUUGUCAUCAUCCCACCCUACUCACUGCUUGUCAGUCCACACCUUGAGUAUGGUGUCCAGUUCUGGUACCCACAGUUCAAGAAAGACAUGGACAGAUUGGAAAGGGGGCAAAGGAGGGACACAAAGAUGGUUGAGGGGUUGGACAAUGUACCCUCUGAGGAAAGACUGAAGAAGUCAGGUUUUUUCUCCCUGGAGAAGACAAGGCUCAGGAAGGACUUCAUGACAGUAUUCCAGGACUUAAAGGGCUGCUACAGAGAAGACAGAGGCUGUCUCUUCGCAAGGAGCCACAUAGAGAAGGCAGGAGGCAACAGGUCCAAGUUGCACUGGGAGAGGUUUCACCUCAACAUAAGAAAUAUGUUUUUCAUAGUGAGAACAAUCAUUCACUGGAACAACCUCACCAGGGACAUGGUAGAGUCCUCAUCACUGGAGGCUUUUAAGGUGUGUUUGGACAGGCUGCUAAUCUCAUCCAGGUUCCCUUUCCCACAGACAAAGAUCUUUUGUUGAUCCAGAUGAUUUUUUUGAGGUCCCUUCCAACCUGGGCUGUUCUAUGAUUCUAUGAUAUAAACUAUAGGAACAAUUUACGAAAUGUCAUGACAGAAUCUCUGCGCAGGAAUGUUAUUACAGGAUAGGCUGUUGUUCUGAAUCAUUCACUUGGGUUUGUAGACAGGCCUUACACUUACAUGGGAAGUUGAUUCAAGACAUCUCCGUGUAUACAAAGCAGAGAGACGAAUGACAUGAGCAUAACAGGAUAUCCUCUUUAUCUUAGGAUCCACAGCUCAGUGAUUGCCUGAAUACGAUCUUUUUCUUAGUAAUGGUUAUAACGAUUAUACUGGUAACACUUAGUCCCUCUAACAAUUAGAGGUUCCCACUAUAACUAAUUAAACUGUCAUAUCUGUCAACAAGUGAAAUAAGGCAAGUCUCAUUUGGUGCCUUUCCAGUGCAAACAAUACAAAAAUGACACAACCUUAGAAUAGUUUUUGUUAUACAGGACCUCUGAAGCUCAUCUGUUCUAACACCACGUUCAAAGCAUUGCCAACUUUAAAGUUUGCUCAGCACCUUGUCCAAUUCUGAGUACCUCCAAGUAAGCAAAAACUACCUCCUAGUCAAUCUACUUCAGUGCUUUAACAAGCCUCAGUGUAAAAAUUAUUUUCAUUUAUAUCUAGUCAGGGUAGCAAUCUGUGGCACUUACCUCAUGUCCCUGUUGUAAAAGAGUCCAUCCCCACCUUUCCCCUUUCCAUCAUGGUGGCCCUUUGUUAGGCUUACUGCAGUUUGUUAGUGUCUUUCUUGUACUGGGGGUUCCAAAACUGGACAGAGUAGUCAGACAGCUUCAGAAGUACUGAAAAAGUGGCUGUGAUCACCUUUCCCAGCACUUGCACUACGCAAUGUCUAACGCAGUGCAGUACAUGGUUAGCCCUCACUGUUGCAAGGGAGCACUGAGUCAUACGCAACUUGUUGUCUACCAACAACCCUCAAACAAUUUUUGCUAGAGCUGCUCCUUGGACAGUUGGUCUCUCCCAAUUGUUUACUUUCACAUCUUUUCCAUCAAGUAAUUUCUUCAUCUUUUUGAGAUUCAUUCAUCCUUAUAAUCUAGCAUAUCAACUGCUCCCUGCAAUUUGGUUUAACCCCCAAACUUGCUGACAGUAUGCUCCUUUCCAUGUAAUUACAAACCAACAAAUCAUACCACUACCAUUUUGUCUGGUAGAGCCAAUAAACAGGUUUCCCAGGUAAUGAAAAGCAAAAGAUUAUUCUGAAGGCACACUUCACCAGGGACUAGGGCAGGAUUUGAGUGACCAUGAGGAAGGAAGACCUGAAUUUAAAUAGAAAAAUAACAACAUUUUAUAUAAAAGCAGACAAUGACAACUGCUCUCGUCAGCAAUUACUUGAGACUGAAUGUGGACAGAAACAGCCAAUGUGCACACAAAUUCCCUCCUGAUCUGGCAGUAUUUCCACCCAUUCUCAUCUUACCUCACCCAGCCUGAAAUGCCAAAAAAAAUAUAUGCUUUAAUGUUAGUGCAUAUGAUAAUCUUUUAAUCUUUAUCCAAUACUGGGUAAAAGUAGUAAUUACAAAAGUAUCUUUGUCUCUUUUUUUUUCACUUUUACACUACAGGAUUGAUGUAAAGAAGCCAUAACAUGAAGAGGAACUUGGCCCGGGAUUUUUUUUAGCCCCAUGGAAAAAUCAAUAAGCAAGAUUCCAUCUUAGUAACGAUAGUAUCAAUCUGGAGACACCUCAGUAGCCAGCUGAGUUGAUUUGCAUUGCUGGAGAUUAAGAUCAAGUCUUACUACAACUGGAUGUGUCAAUCACUAGCAGUGAGCCCUUGUACCUGGGGUUCGCAUGGACUGCAAACUCACAUACAAGGAGCAAUGCAUAUACAACUCGUUCCAGUGUAGUUCAUCUCUUCCAGUACCAGAAGUAAGAGGAAAUAAAAAUGGAACACAAACAAACAACCUUCUUCUUGGAAGAAUGUGCAUUUGACAAAUGCACGGUUCUAUCUGGUCACUAUUUGAAUUUUAUAUUACCUGUGACGCUGAGUCACCUUGUCCUAUCAGGAAACAGAAGAGUUAUAAAUCACCCUCCAGUGAAGAACACCAGUCAUUUCCACAACCACCUGAAGAAAGACAGAAGAAACAUCUGAUCUUCCUGGAAACAAAAGAGAUGAUUCUGCCAGUGGUAUUUCUGUGUCUCGCAGCUGUGCUGCCUCCGUCCAUUGGAGAGGAACCUGAAGGUCUGGAUGCUUUGUCAACUAGCAAAGCAGAUCAGCAAAAGCUGAUUGUUGACAGACAUAAUGCCCUCAGGAGAGGAGUGAAACCAACUGCUAGCAACAUGUUGAAGAUGGCAUGGUGUCCUCCAGCUGCAACGAAUGCCCAAGAAUGGGCCAAUCAAUGUACUUUAAGUCACAGUCCCGCUAGCAUGAGGAGAACCACUACACAGUGUGGUGAAAAUCUCUUCAUGUCAUCUGCCCCUUUCUCAUGGCCAGAUGUUAUUCAGUCCUGGUAUGAUGAGAAGGAAGAUUUCAAAUACGGAACUGGAGCAAAAACACCAGGUGCUGUCAUCGGCCAUUACACUCAGAUGGUUUGGUACAAUUCUUACCAAAUUGGAUGUGCUGUCGCUUACUGUCCCAACAGUAGAUACAAAUACUUCUAUGUCUGCCAAUACUGUCCCAUGGGGAAUAUACGAAGUUCAAUCCCGACACCCUACAAAGAAGGAGAACCCUGUGGUGAUUGCCCUGAUGCUUGUGACAAUGGAUUAUGCACCAAGCUUUGAAAGUUUGAAGACGUUUAUUCCAACUACCUUGGCAUAGUCUCCUGGAUUUCCCAUAGCUUCAUCAAGUUCACUGCCCUGCUUCCUGCCAAUGCAAAACUGAAAUAA